CUGGGGUCUUAUAAGAAGGGUAACUAGAAGGUUUGUUGAGUCGAAGAGAAGAAGAACGAGGAAAGAGAUCUACUGAAACAGCAACCCAGGAUGAGUCCGCUGUUCCUCCUCUCUGUAGUGGUGAUGGUGUGCACCACUUGGGCACACCCUCACCACUCCCUUCUCUCCUCUGAGAUGGUUGAUUUUAUUAACAAGGCUAACACCACCUGGACGGCCACAAAGAAUUUCCAGAAUAUCGAUACCACCUAUGUCAAACGGCUGUGUGGCACCAUACUGAAUGGACCCAAGCUACCAGAGGUGCUUCAUAAUAUUGAAGGCAUUGAACUUCCUGACAGCUUUGAUGCACGCAAACAGUGGCCCAACUGUGCCACAAUCCAACAGAUCCGAGAUCAAGGCUCCUGUGGGUCCUGUUGGGCCUUUGGGGCAGCUGAGGCAAUAUCUGACAGGUUAUGUAUCCAAAGUGGUGGUAAGAUCUCUGUGGAGAUCUCCGCUGAAGAUCUGCUGGCCUGCUGUGAUGAAUGCGGCAUGGGCUGUUAUGGUGGCUAUUCUUCUGCUGCUUGGGAAUUCUGGGCAAAGAAAGGGCUUGUCACAGGAGGCUUGUAUGACUCCAAAGUUGGCUGCCUACCCUACACCAUCGCCCCCUGUGAGCAUCAUGUGAAUGGAAGUCGUCCUCCAUGUGGGAGUUCAGAGACUCCUAAGUGUGUGCAGCAGUGCGCUGAUGGAUACUCACUAUCAUAUGAGAAGGACAAACACUUUGGCAGACGCACAUACGGCGUCCCGUCAGACCCGGAGCAGAUCAUGACGGAGCUGUACAAGAACGGGCCUGUGGAGGCAUCUUUCACUGUUUAUGACGAUUUUCUGCUGUAUAAGAGUGGUGUGUAUCAGCAUGUGACAGGGGAUGUCCUGGGUGGUCAUUCCAUUAAGAUCUUGGGCUGGGGUGAUGAUAACGGGACGCCCUAUUGGCUGGCUGCAAACUCCUGGAAUACUGACUGGGGAGAUGAAGGUUUCUUCAAAAUCAAGCGUGGAAAUGAUGAAUGUGGUAUUGAGUCAGAGGUCAUUACAGGAAUCCCGCUCAACUAGAUGAAAUAAUCAUCACAGCAGACAAUCAAGAAAUAAAUCAAAGAAAAGACAGAUCUCAUUCUGGGGCAGAUUUUGACAGAUUUCAUGCAAUAAAGAGGGAAUAAAUUGUUGUUUCUUGGU